AGAAGAACUGAAAGGCAAUGUGAAAAAUAAAGUUCUCCAUGAAACUGCGAGAAAGACAAUUGCAGACAAGUUUUAUGAUACAUAUGGGGUGAGGCAUCCAUGGAUAAAGUUUAGGAACAAGUUCAACUUUUGCAAGAAGCAAUAUGGAGCAAUGAAGAUAUUGACUCACAAUAGAACUGGACUGGGAUAUCAUCCAGAUGGCUCAAUAGACAUGAGUGAUGAUUGGUGGGAGCAGCGUUGUAAGGAAUGGCCUGGAGCUAGAAAAUACAAAGAUAAACCAGUGGCAAAUACAGAUCUAAUGGAACAGAUUUUCAGUGGGAUUCAUGUAAGUGGUUAUCUAGGUCCGCAUCGUAGAACUAGGUAUCAUCUUGACCAGUUUGCUAGGGGAGGACCACCAACAAACUCUAGAGAACUGUUUAACCGGAGGCAUGCUAGUUUACGUUCUGUGAUUGAAAGAACAUUUGGUGUUUGGAAAGCGAAGUGGAGGAUUUUAGAUAGAAAACAUCCGAAGUAUGAUGUUAUAAAGUGGGUGAAGAUUGUGACAGCAACUAUGGCACUUCACAAUUUUAUUCGAGAUUCAUCUGAUGAAGACCGUGAUUUCACUUAUUGGGAACCAAGCGUUUGA